AUGACUGCUGUGGCAUCUCCACCUAGUGUGCAAUCGGGCUCUCGCUUGGGAUGGUACGCCCCCGGUAACGGAGGACAAGGAGCUCUUUCGGUGAACGCAGACGAAGUGUCCCGGAUGUUCAUGCAAAGGAAACCUAUCCAACGAUCCAACUCCUCUUCCUCGCUGGGGUCGACCUCCUCCACGUCAACAGUGACCAGUUCCUCACAAGAUACUCAUGCUAGUCAGAGUCCAGAAUCUGAAGGUACUUGGUCGUCAAAGAAGAAGCCUGCCCGGAACCCUUGGCCUAGCUCGAAGGCCGAGCCGGUAGCAGGUGUCACCAACACACGUUCUCAAGCAGUUCCUGCUUUCUCUUCGGGGCCAACUGCAUCCUCGACAAUGUCCGCUAUUCACCAACCCUCAUCUGUCGUCCCGUCACAACAUAUGCUUCAAUCAUCUCAACAGAAUGGCUCCCGCCAGACGAACGGGCAGUCUUCGGAUCCACCUGCCAUUCUGGUUCUGACCCCCUUGAACGGCACUUUUGAAAAGAAGCAGAUCAAUGUGCCUUUCUACCCGGAUAUUCUACGUAUUGGUCGACAGACAAAUGCCAAGACAAUCCCUACCCCCGUCAACGGAUUUUUUGAUUCGAAAGUUCUAUCUCGACAGCAUGCUGAGAUAUGGGCCGACAAGUCCGGCAAGAUUUGGAUUCGCGAUGUAAAAUCGUCAAAUGGGACCUUUGUGAAUGGCCAACGGCUUUCACCUGAGAACCGCGAAUCGGAGCCGCAUGAACUGCGAGAACAUGAUAGCCUUGAAUUGGGAAUUGAUAUCGUGAGCGAGGAUCAAAAUACUAUCGUUCACCACAAGGUCUCCGCGAAAGUCGAACAUGCUGGCCUAUACGGAUCAACUCCCAACAUACUUGACCUCAACUUUGGGGAUUUAGAUCCUGCCUCAGGGGGUGGUUUAUUACCAUCACCACUGAGCCAACCCUUAUCACAUUUGCGAGGACGCUCCAGCAGCAAUGUUAGCAAUCGCAGUGCCCAGAGUGUGGCUAGCAGUCAGCUCAAUGCCAUGCAUCAGCAACGACAGCUCAACUACUGGAACUCCCCCAUAUCCGUUGAACAGGUCGUGAAGAGGCUUACCGGCGAGUUAAAACAGGCCAAGCAGCAAUCACAGGAUCUCCGCCAAACCGAUGAAUUCCUCACCGCCAUCAUGAAACCAGGCUACGCUGAUAAGGAAAAACCCCUCAAACCAUCUCCUUUGGAAAACAGUGCGUCCCGCCAAUUGAAUGGUCGUCCUAAGAUGCCUCGUGUCGAUUCUUUCUCCCGCUUUUCUGAUCCACCUGCUCCUCCACCUCAACAACCUUUACCCGAGAAGCCUGAUGCUCCGCCGCGAAGCGGCGCUGAUGCAUUCUCCCCACUCAAGCGCAGCGAUACAGAGAAGGCAAAGCCCGUUGGUACAAGCUCUCCCGUGUCGCGUGACUCGAGCCAGAUUCUUAGCCUUAUAGAGGCCCUUUCGUCUGCUAAGCGGGAAAUUGAUACGCAGGGCGCUCGUGUCAAGGAACUCGAAAACCUACUUCUUCAAGAAAGAGCCGCCCGCGAGUCUGCUGAAGAGAAGAUCAAGCAACUUGAGACGCUUCCGGCGCCAGUCAGCUCCGUACCACAGCCUAAUGGCCCUGUUGACCGAUCAGUGGAUGGUGACUCUGAUUCCCAGGCAGACCGCCAUGAAUCAAAUGGUAUCCAGGAAGCCAAUGGUUCAGUCCUGCCUUCUAAGCCUGCUGCAGACCUAGAAAACAAUCAAGCCGAGGCUUCGCCAGAGCUGAACACAUCAGAACUCCAGCUUCGUUUGGAAAGCAUGAUGGAAGAAAUGGACGAGAUGAGGAAACAAAUGGCUUCCUUCAAGGAUCGUGCACAGGCUGCAGAGAAGGAAAAUGCGGAGUCCAGGAAGUCACUGGCCGAGAUGAUCGAGACUAUUCGCCGAGAACGGGAGGAGAAGGCCGCAGUGGCAUCAAUCCCCGCCCCGACGGCAGAGAGCGAAGACGCCUCAAAGAUCAUGAAUGGCCAGAUCCACAUGGCAAAUGGCACUGCCAAGCCUGCUAAGACAAAUGGCUCGUCGAAGGCUACUGAUUCUACAUCUUCAGAGAACAAGGAUGUGGAUGCCGCAGGCUCGGCUCUUACCACUGAGUGGCGCAGACGCAAAUUCUUAGAGGAUGCAAGCCCCUUCGCGUCCAUGUUUGGUGUAGUGAUUCUUGGUGUUGGAUUAAUGGCCUAUCUCAAUGGAUGGCAAAAGCUGGACAAAUGA